AUGCGUUCGCACACCUGCUUGAGCUCUGAGAGUCAUGACUCCAUAAAAGACGACUUGUUGCACUACCUUGGCUGUCUUGAGUUCAGCGAGAGAGAACACUUCUUCAACGACUCUAAUCUGGUUUGGGUAGAGCAGGCCAAGCACCAAUUGAAGCCAAAUACAUCAGACACGACAGCUAAAGAACAUGCCAAGGCAAUCAAAGAUGUUUGGAAGAAGAACUGUGACAAGGAGUUAAGCCGGAUCAUCUUUCUUCGUGAUACCCUGGCAGAAGACAACAGCGAGAGACACUUAGUGGAGAAAGUGAAUGAAAGUGCCACGGCCUGGCGAAAAUCCCGAGUAUUCCGCGAGAAUAUUGACCGAGUGAGGCAGUGGCGGCAUGAACAAGGCAAAAAGAACCAAGUGGUGCAACAAUACCCGGAGACGCGCGAUCGUGGCUACGUUUUGCAGAAAGAUGUAAGCGUUCCGAUAAUUCAAUUCGAAAAUGGCAGAGGGGUAGAUGAGAAGGAUUUGGAUGGUAGCGGCAAACCGAGAGCAGACAGAGUAUGGGGCACAUUCCCUAACCAAAAGACGAAGGUUGAUGCGUUAUUUUCAAAAUGUGAAGCAGACACCAGUAUCGAUGAAGGCCUGGACGAUAAUUUGCUCCAUCGUAGGCGCCACACUGGAAGAAUUAGAUACUACCACUUUCCAUCAAACAACAUGUCGUGGGCAGAGCCAGCUAUUUUGGUGAAACUAUACCUGAUCACCACGCAAUUCACAGAAAGUUACAAAGAGUCGAGAGAACACAGACUCAUAUGGUCCUCCGUGACCCAUACUGGCGAAGCCAGCUACAUGGUGGUCAUAGAGCACCUCCUCACGCUCGCCACAUGCGUCCUAUAUGUGCGACUAUUCCGUCGAGUAUUAAAUCCCAAAACCUUUGAUGUAAAGAGACGUACUGAUAGAGUAGCGAGCGACCACGAGGGCCACUCUAAGAACAUGGUUCUCUUCACGAGCUCCAUGUUGUCGAGAAACAUCUCCCAGCCGACAGGCAAGGUCGAGUGGAGGCUCUUUGAAGGAAUGGUCAGUUACCGUGACAAGAAACUACUUGAAGAAUAUCUCUGUAAAGAUGAAUGGAACCGUUCCAUGCAUCCACGUCGGACACUUGACCAGGCCUAUUUCUGGACCCUCAACACGACAAGAUCUCGAGACAGAGAUCAAGUGGUUUAUCGCCAUACCACAGCAAGACCAGAGGCGUUUCACUCUUUCGACUGGAAUACGAAUGAAUGGUCGGACCAUAAGAACCUAAAGAUUGAAGGAAACUGUGAGCAAUGUAAGGACAAUAUCCGGAAAGUUUCCCGUGUCAUCAUGGUUGAUCAGCUCUGGCUUUGGGUUCUCGACGCCUCCACCAUCAUCACUUGCUUCCCAAAAAGAUAUGGGCAAAACAAACACGACGCAUCUGGAGUACACAAGUCCAUCAGAGUUGCGAUCGAAGGCGCAAAAGAAGUGAGGACUGUAUUUGACCUCGCGUUGAUUAUCCUCGACGAGUGUUCCAAGACAUUUUUUGAUCGUACAAAAAAGCUUGACCGACAGCCCCUCUUGAUAGAUGCAUUCUCGAAAGCGAUUGGGAACAUAAUGCACAAGCAAACAGUUGCCUUCGAACAACUAUGGCGGUGGACUGACGAAGCGAGCAAGAUCUACCGAUCAAACACAACCGCCUCCGACCUUCACGUACCCCUACUUGAUAUCAAUCCCGAGGGCAAACUUGAACGCGAGAUCAAGGAUAUCAUUGAAGAGCUCGACAUCAUUUUGCAUGUUAUAAAAUGUCACAGGGAUAUAAUAAAGAAAUUUAUCUUCAACGCUGAACAUAUGCUCGACCCCUAUGGAGAGUAUAGCAGCGAUCGUAAGAAGGGGUUGACCAGCAAACAUCUCUGGAACCAAUUCCACCGUCGACCGAGCGCGCCUCACGAUGGAUCUCCAAAUGGUCAUUUGGGUAACGAUAGCAAACGACAUGACUACAAUUGGUUCAAGCUGAAUGCAGAUGAGUGCUUAGAAAGCGUUCUCGCCCGGCCGUGGCUAAUUUACGAUCAGGUCAAAGAUCUGUUGGAGCUAAAACAACAACAAGCCAGUGUUGUACAAGCCUGGCAAUCAGUCAAGCAAUCGGACGAAGCUAUCAAACAAGGAAGAUCUAUCAUGAUGUUUACAUUGGUAACCAUAGUAUUUCUACCUCUGUCGUUCAUGUCCAGUGUGUUUGGGAUGAACAGUCUGGAGUUCUCAGGGGACACUUGGGACCUGAAAGAUGAGUUGAAGCUUAUGUUUGCGGUAUCGUCGGGGGUCAUUUUUCUCAGCCUGAUCUUCUCACUCAGCACUUGGUGUCGAGCAGCUGUGUGGUAUCUAUACAACAAGAUAAGUGUCACAUUCGUUGUCCGUUCAAGGCUCUUUAGGGUCUGGCUUGAUCUCGACAUGCCGAGUAGCCGUCUCAGCGACAAAGGUGAACGAUGGGCAACUAAACUGAAAAACGAUGUCCGUCAAGCUCGUUUCAAAGACCAACGGAAGAAGAACGAAGAGAAAGAGAAGGCCCAAAAACGUGCAGCACAUGACGGCGCCAUUCCAAUGAAUGGUGGCAACGAAACGUCCCACUCUGGUAAUACUGGUCGAUUCAAAGGUCCACACAUGACCCAAUCCUCGUUUGGAACACGACACGAAGAACACCAAGAUGUGGAGGCUGGUUUACGGCCAUCAUGGCCUAGUCGAAGAUACCCUCCGAGGCCUGUGGAUGAAACUGAUUGA